CACAAGAUCAUAAGCAAGUAACAAUCAUGGGUUCCGAAACUACCCCUGAGCUUCUAAUAUUAGACUUUAACAACCCAGGAAUGAAGCCAGGCUCAAAUUGUUGGACAUCUGCCUCCAAAAACAUAAGAGAAGCCUUUGAAAACCAUGGUUUUUUUGUAGCAUUAUAUGACAAGAUCUCACCCCAACUCCACAAAUCCAUCUUCAAAGCAACUCAAGACCUUCUUGAUCUUCCCCUUCAAACCAAAAUCCAAAACAUCAAUGAAAAACCCUACCAUGGAUACAUGGGUCAAAUCCCCAUCGCGCCUCUCCAUGAAGCCUUAGGAAUUGACUACGCUGACACUCUUGAAGGAGCUCAGAGCUUCACCACCCUCAUGUGGCCUCAGGGCAACCAAUCUUUCUGUGAGACCACGAUGAGCUUUGCGAAGACGGUCGCAGAGCUAGAGAAGAAGGUGACGACGAUGCUGUUUGAGAGCUACGGCUUGGAGAAGCAUGCAGAUCCACAUCGUGAUGCGACCACUUAUCUUCUCCGGUUGAUGAAGUAUGGGGUCCCAAACGAGGGACAAACAACGUUGGGUCUUCCGCCACACACUGACAAGAGCUUCAUAAGCAUACUCUAUCAAAAUCACAUCUCCGGCCUCCAAACUAUGGCAAGAGACGGGAAGUGGAUUAAUGUCCAGUUCCCACCCACCUCUUUCGUUGUCAUGGCCGGAGAUGCUUGCAAGGCAUGGAGUAAUGAUCGGGUGCUUUCUGCGAUCCACAAAGUUACCAUGGACAGCAAGGGAAAGGAAACAAGAUACACAGCUGGGCUGUUUUCUUUCCUUACCAAGACUGUGGAAGUUCCUAAGGAGUUGGUUGAUGAUGAACAUCCCUUGAAAUUCAAACCCUUUGCUCACGUCGAUUGGCUUAAGUUUUACGAAACAGAUCAGGGCCUACGAUCCCAGAAUUUACUCCAAGAUUUCUGUGGUGUUUGACUGAAUCAUAUAUUCCAGUGUGCAAGUCAAAUAUUAUGUGUUUGAUUAAAUAAUUGUUUACUAAAUAAGUACAGUGUACUAAAAUAAAAACAUGGGGCAAAAGAGUUCAAAAAUGUAAAAUUCUAGUAGUACCUAUUACCAUCGACAAA